CAUACAGGACAUGCUGCUGAUAUGAAUAUAUUUUUAGAUGAUCCAGAAUUUGCAGAAAUUAUUCUGAAAGUGGAACAAGCUAUAGAAUGUGGAGUUUUUCCAGAGAGAAUCUCUCAAGGAUCCAGUGGGAGUUAUUUUGCCAAGGAUCCAAAAGGGAAAAUUAUUGGAGUGUUCAAACCAAAAUCUGAAGAGCCUUAUGGACAUCUAAAUCCAAAAUGGACCAAAUAUUUUCACAAAGUCUGUUGUCCUUGCUGCUUUGGCAGAGGCUGCCUCAUUCCAAAUCAGGGAUACCUCUCUGAAGCUGGUGCCUAUCUCGUGGAUGACAAGCUGGGGCUAGGAGUUGUACCUAAAACUAAGGUUGUCUGGCUUGUCAGUGAGACCUUCAAUUACAGUGCAAUAGAUCGUGCAAAGUCAAGAGGAAAAAAGUAUGCUUUAGAGAAAGUGCCAAAAGUUGCUAAAAAAUUUAAUCGGAUUGGACUACCUCCUAAGGUUGGCUCCUUCCAGCUGUUUGUUGAAGGUUACAGGGAAGCUGACUACUGGCUCAGGAAGUUUGAAGCUGAUCCUUUACCUGAGAACACAAGAAAAGAAUUUCAGUCACAGUUUGAAAGAUUGGUUAUUUUGGAUUAUGUCAUCAGAAAUACAGACAGAGGUAACGAUAACUGGCUAGUCAGAUAUGAAAAACAAGAUGAUGGACCUGAUCUGUCAGAUAAGGAUAGCCAAUGGACUGUAACUAAAGAAUCUACUAUUAAAAUUGCUGCAAUUGACAAUGGUUUAGCAUUUCCUUUUAAGCAUCCUGAUGAGUGGAGGGCAUAUCCCUUUCACUGGGCUUGGCUUUCUCAAGCAAAAGUUCCUUUCUCUCAGGAGACCAGAGACCUGGUUCUUCCUCGCAUUUCUGAUAUGAACUUCGUACAGGAUCUUUGUGAAGAUCUUUAUGAACUAUUUAAGACUGAUAAAGGAUUUGACAAGGCUACUUUUGAAAACCAGAUGUCUGUUAUGAGAGGGCAGAUACUAAACCUUACUCAGGCAUUAAAGGAUGAAAAAAGUCCAAUUCAGCUUGUUCAGAUGCCUCGUGUGAUUGUGGAGCGAAGUAGCACUGGAAGUCAAGGCCGAAUUGUUCAUCUGAGUAAUGCAUUCACACAGACCUUUCAUAGCAGGAAGCCUUUCUUUUCCUCCUGGUAGCAAGAAAAUUAUGUGGAAAGAGUAAGUUUCUCUUAACUUUAGAAAGCUGCUUCUAUGUAAAGGCUCUGCAAUAAUGUACUUUUGCUGUAUACCAAGAGCUCCGACUGCCGACACCUCAGAAUUUAAAUUCUAAAGACUUAAGAAAUGUAUUUUGAAUGUAAUAUAAUAAAAGUUUACAAUUUUUGUGUCAAAAUGGUAAAUUCUUAUGUCAGGGAAUGAGGAGAAC